AUGAGGCGAUCGACACUGAGGGCCUGGCUCAUAGCGGCUGUGGUCGCUCAAUUGGCAACCGCUGGUUCUAAUUCUAACAAACUUCAAGUUUAUGACUAUGUAGUGGUGGGAGGAGGCACGGCUGGUUCAGCACUGGCCACUAGGCUAAGCCAGGGCCUGCCAAACAGAACCAUCCUGCUGAUCGAGGCCGGUCCUGCGGCCUUGGACGAAGAUCAUAUUAACAUUCCCGGCAUGAAAGGGUCGACUCUCGGCACCAUUUACGAUUGGAACUUUACUACCGUGCCGCAAACCGCGCUCAAUGGUAGAGUCCUCGGAGCCAACAGAGGUAAGGUGCUUGGCGGAAGCUCAGCAUUGAACUUAAUGACAUGGGACCGAUCCGCUUCUGAGGAAUAUGACGGCUGGGAGCAACUCGGCAAUCCGUCUUGGAACUGGAAGAACAUGAUUGCUGCAAUGGAGAUGGUUGAGACCUUUACUGGUAUCAAUUCAUCCAACUAUGGCGACCAAGGGGUUGGCACCAGCGGACCUAUCCACACUAUAGUGAAUAGGGUUAUACCCGCACAGCAGCAGUUGUGGCUGCAGUCUAUGGCUGAUUUGGGCAUCACGCAUAACCUUAAUUCCUUGGGUGGAAAUCCUAUCGGAUAUAUGAAUCAGCCUAGCAACAUUGACUCGCGAACAUGGACGAGAUCUUACGCCGCCAACGCUUAUAUCCCAAAAUCUGGGAAGAACUUACAUCUGCUACUGGAGACGCGCGUAGCUAAGGUGAAUUUUCGUAAAGACCGAAAUUCAUAUACUGCCACCGGCGUGACACUGCAAGACGGCACUACUAUCAGCGCUAGGAGGGAGGUUAUUUUAUCUUGCGGCACUAUCCAAAGCCCUGGCCUGCUAGAAUUGUCUGGUAUAGGUAGCAAAGCAGUGCUAUCUAAGGCUGGUAUAGAUCAAAUUAUUAAUCUCGAUGGUGUAGGAGAGAAUCUGCAGGACCAUGUUCGGUACCAAGCAUCCUACCAAUUGAAGGACAAUUUUACCUCAUUUGAUAUACUCAAGUACAACACCACCUAUGCAGCCACGCAGCUUUCAUUAUGGCGUGCAAACCAGACUUCUUUAUACGACUACACCGGCAGUGGAUACAGCUAUUUAAACUGGCAUCAGGCGGUAGGCAAUGUGGCUGCAAAGCUCAAUGCUCUGGCGGAAAGGGUGGUGCUGUCUCUCGGGUCUGUUGUCGAUAAGAAAAAGCUACAGUAUAUGGGAUCGCUUUUGUCACCGCAAGUGGAAGUAAUCUUCUCAGAUGGCUACACUGGAGUAAAGGGGUACCCUGCCGUCGGCUCCACCCUGUUUGGGGAGGGCUUCUUCACGCUUAUUGGUGUCGUUAUGCAUCCUCUGAGCCGCGGCACCAUUCACGUAACUUCUCCCGACAUCGAUACCAAACCGCAGAUUGAUCCCCGAUACUUGUCCAACGAGUACGAUGUGCAAGCAGCUAUCGAGGCCGCCAGGUACUGCCGCAAGAUUGCAAAUUCCGCGCCACUCUCUUCAGCAUGGGUGAAUGAGUACGAACCAGGAAUGGCUGUACAGACGGACGAAGACUGGCGUCAGUACGUUCUCAACACUACGCUGUCCAUAUAUCAUCCCGUUGGAACAUGUGCAAUGCUUCCUAAGAAGGACGGUGGAGUAGUGAGCCCAAAACUAAUAGUUUAUGGCACUACUAAUUUGCGUGUUGUGGACGCAAGUAUUAUACCCGUUCUUCCGUCGGCACAUAUCCAAACGGCCGUAUAUGGCAUCGCUGAGCGUGCAGCUGGCUUUAUUAUUCAGAAUUCAUAG